AUGGCGGACGGAAUGAUACAGGUUUCUCAAACCUUACAAACAUUUUUGCCAGAAAACGCAUUCAUGGAAGUCAUAACACUGCUGAAGAAGGUAGAUAUCGCAAUUUUGAUUUUAAUAUAAUCACUAGAUAAUUACUCCCUUAAUUCUGAAUCUUAAAUAAUUAUUUGAAAACAACGCACCAGACAAAGAGCCAUUCCGUGGAUAAAUAUCGGAUUUAUCAUCAAGGUUUUGUUUAUUUAUUGAUAUCAGGGCGACCAGUUAUGCAAGGAUUGAAACCAAUCAAAAUUCACCUUGUUUGCAGGUUAAUUUGAAGGUACUUUUGGAAAGAAGGUACAGUGACUGGUUGAAUGGUCAGGGAUAUUCGAAGUCGUGUGAAAAUCUGGAUGAAAAAUCUCAAGACAGAGAGAAAAUUGCUGCAGUUAUCGAGAAUUUGGUUCAGUGUGCAGAGCCAUUUAUCGAAGAUGAGGGGGGUGAGUUUUUCACAACCACAAAAAAUAGCUGUUUAUCUCAAAAACAGUAAUCAAUAGCCUGAUUGUCAGAUUGAAGAAUUGGGUUUGGGACGGCACCAUCUUUUAAAUGAAAUUCCACAGUCAGAUGUCUAAGUACAUAAUUUGUUAACAACGUUAUUCUAAUUAAUACCUGUAUCCCCAAUUUUUUUUGGUCUGUUUGCUUUUUAGUUUGUUUCUAGGGUAUCACCCCCGUAACAAAGUUCUAGUUUGUUACUCAGGUGAACUUUAAAUAAAUGAGUUUGUUAUUUGAUGGUCAAAAUGGUUUGAACAAUCACCAAAUUGACAGAACAACACAUGUCUGACCCUUUUCUUUCAUUAAGGCUGGGAUAAAGAAGAGAUGUUGAAACAUGAGACCCAAGCCUCUGCUGUUUUGAAGAUUUGCCAGUUACUGUUAUCUUCACUGUUGAACAGGGAUAAUCAACUGCUAGCAGAGAAAGAGUUCCCAGUGGAUGCAGUGAGUUGUUAAAUUUUAUUAGAACUGAGUCAAUAACAUUUAUUUUUUUUAGCACUUUCCAUACAUAUGGUAGCUGAAAAUUAAUUUAAUAAACAAUAGACUUUAACAGAUGUUCCUCAAAAGGUUUUUCAAAAUUUAUGAUAAUAAAGAUAGAAUAUAAUGAUAAUACUAAUAAAGAUAAAAUAUAGUAAUUAUUUACAGCUAAACAAGCUCUGAAGGUUCAUGUUAAUAUACUGUGUGGAGAUACUCCCUCAUAGUAAUCUUAAAAGAUUUCAAGGAGGUACAGUUCUUAACAUCAUUAACCAAAGUGUUCCAUAUGCUUAUUUGUACCUUAAAAUUGCAGGUGUUUAAGAAGUUUAUUUUAAAAAAGACCUGCAGUUGCUUGGUGGCUUUAUGUGCUGUACACAUGGAGUCACAUCUUUGGACAAGCACAGCAUCAAUGGCCCUUGCUCAUGGUAUGAGCACUAAUAUUAUGUAUUAAGAACAUCCAGUUUCCUGGAUUUUUGCAUGCUCAUUUUAUAGGAUUAUCUUCAUUCUACAAAACUUCUACCACUGAAAUUUAUAAAGUAUAAUGCAGAUACUGUACAUUUUGUUUGGAAACUUUGUUUUUGUGUAAGCAUUUGAGUUACCAUUUCAUAACUUUCUUUGGAUAGUUGAUGAUCACAGGUCUGCUUAUUUUGUCAUUAUCAACUGAAAAAUGUCUUACUUUGUUCUUUUUUUUUUAAAUUGUACCAACUUUUGAAGCUUGAAAGGUUUGCUCAGAAUGUUUCAAUGAGAUAUUGUAAAUGGCCAAUGUGUUGCAGAGCUGGUUUCCUUGAUAUGUACCAAUUGCCAGUGUCCAUCAGUACAAGAGCUUCUCUGUGGCUGUGUUGAGGUCGAAUCUGUUGUGUUCAACAUGGUAGAGGAGAGUCAGUCACCAAACAGUUUGUUCACUUCAGGGCUGUUCAGACAUAUCCUUGAUUAUUUGAGACCUCACCUCCUUAAAGAUAACUGGAAGAAAUUUCCACUUGCUUGCCAUGGGCUUGUGUGGUGCACUCUGCAAAUUAAGGUGAACUGCCUAUGGAAUUAUAGGAUACUUAGUAGAGUAAUACCUCUUUUUCAAUAAACAUCUGUCUACAUGUUGUUGAUUUCAAUUUACUGAAUAGGAGGACUUGAAAUUAUUUUGACUAUCAGGUAGUCAAAAUAAUUUCAAGUAUCCUAUUGAUUAUUGUUUAGAUACACUUUGUUUGUAACUCAAGUAAAUUGUCACAAGAAAGUAACUAACAGUUACCAGACAAGGGCAAUAUCCUAGAAACAAACUGAAAAGCAAACUGACCAAAAAAAUCAAGGAUACAGGUAUUAAUUAGAAUAAUGUUGUUGGCAAAUUAUGUACUUAGACACCUGACUGUGGCAUUUCAUUUAAAAGAUGGUGCCGUCCCAGUAUGUCAGCUCAUGGGUUAUUUUAAGUCCAAGCCUUUGCCAGCACAGCAAUUGAGUCUGUGGAUUAUUUGUCUUUCCUAUUGAUAUGAACAACAUUUAUAUUCCGAUUGAUAUGAACAACAUUUCUAUUCCGAUUGAUAUGAACAACAUUCUAAGAAUGAUUUGGGGACUUUUGAAAAUUUAAGGGAUAGAACCAAAUUUUUUUUAAGGUACAUGUAAAUAAUUAAGGUUGAGAGAAGUAAGUAAACAACUCUGACUAGAAUAAAACUAAUGGAAGGUAUGAAAUUUAAAUAAAGUUUUGGCUAAAAUGCAGUGGAUUUAAACCUUCCAACUCUGAUGAUUCAGAAGCAAAUUCUUACAACUGAUUACCAUAAUUUCAAUGCUGGUUAUUGGUGAGGAUUUGGGGCUUUAUCUAAACAAUUCUUAGGUUUGGAUCUCCUAUUUGAUUUUAGUGUAUAAAAAGAAUAGAGAGAACUUUUACAAUAAUCACUCUUGAGAAUCACACAGGUGAGGCUAAGCAUCAGACAUUUUCCUUCUAACCUUUUCACUCUUCAUUGUCCGUAGCAUCCUUAUGUGGGAGAACACUUUGCCAAGCUGAUGUCUCCUCUAUUACUUCUCAUAGAUGAUUAUGAGGUAUAGGUUUUUUCAUUGGUGAAAUUCUCUAGCAUUUGAUGAAACCAGAUUUUAAUGAAGUAUUUUAGGAUUUUGUCUUUUUUCAAUUGUUUACUCGUGAUCUUCAUUUUGGAAUUAGAUUACUAUAGUGUCCACGGUGGACAGUUUAAUGCUUGUUGGAAGUUGUGGAUCUUUAUCAAUUGGCAUGAAUGCCAGAGGUUAUGAAAUAUUCACCACAGUCAAGUUUAAAAUUUACUUAUGGAAUGUACAUGUAAUUACUUGUUUAUUCUUCCACUAUCAAACAGACUGAGAACAAAACACUGGGGUUUAAGUGCUUAAAACACGUCAUUGAUAAUGUGGUAUGUGGAGCUGAUUGUUUUCACUUUAUAACUGUUAUGAUACCUUGUAUCUACAAAUAUUGUGCAUAUGUAUCAGUUUCACCGUCAAAGGCUACAGAUAGUUAAAUUCGAUUAUACUCUGAAUAUUUCUUAUUCUUUUCAAUUUCAGAAUUCAGCUGAAUUGCAGUGGUAUGGAAGAGCUGAUGUUCUUUUUGAGGUAAUUCCUAAAACUCCUAAAUCCAGCACAUUGAACUUAGAUCUUUUGGUUUUGGUGGAAAUGGUAUGAGUACUCAGUUCUUAGUUUUUACAGAGUCUUGAGGACAAUAUUUAUAAAAAUCACAUCAGUAGCUAGUCAAUAGUAGAGCAUCCCCACAACUUUUUUCAUGUUUUUUUAGGGCAAUAAACUUGCAUGGUAAAGGGAAUCAACACUAUUUAGUAACAUGAUAUUUAUGGCAUGAAUUACCUGUAGGCAUCUCAGCGUCACAUAUAUAGCAAUGACCCCUCCCUGAUGUGUUCUCUUCAUCCGUGCCUGCUAAGCAUCCUAACAGUUGUUGAACCAUCUCCAAAGAAAGCCAAUUUUGACCGUAAGGUGAUGUUCACAUUUUCUUUACUUCUUUUAUUUGCUUCUUUUAUCAUCAUGAUAUGAUAUGAUUGUCUGGCAGGGAAGGGUGUGUAGGGUUGAAAAGGGUCAUUGUUGGUGUGUGGUUGAUUGACUUACACCCCUUUACUGAGUCUUACAACCAAUAACAUCAUGAAUGAAGACUGACCAAUCGCUUUUCAUAUACCAGCCUUACAAAACUUGACAGACAAAUAACUCCUUAAUAUGUGAGUGUGAUGAUAACUUCCAUUUGGGUUAUAAAAGACAUCAGUCAAAUUAAAAAAAUAGUCCUUGUCUGGAAAACUCUCAUUCUGCUGGUCACAAGCACAGUAAAGUUUUACAUUUAGGUUGAAACCAAUUACACUUUCCUGUUGAUAUUGUUUAUCAAGAGGAUGGGAAUUUGUUUUGACAUCCAUCUGUGAACAGGAGCAUGUUGUCUUUUCUGAUAGCUUUCAUGGCUUAGAGGUUUUUUCUUUCUUUUCUCAAGAAUUCAAUAAUUAAAAGAAAAUCUAAGUAAAAGAUCCAGGCAGUAGACCUAUGUAGGUGGCAGGAUUGCGUACCCUGAACAAAAGGGACAUAAACCAAAGUGCUAAGAGGAUCUCUUUUGAGGAGUGGUGUCAGAUAAACAGGCUGAUCUUAUUUUGGUGUGUAUUGUUUGAUUCCCUGACCUCUACUUUUUUUUUUUUGCAGACAACCAAAUGUGAUGGUUUGUUUCAGAUUAUCCUCUCCUCCAUGGAGUUUGAAAGUAAAAUUGCUGUAAGAAAGGUCAGUUUUUGGAAUAGGCAUUGGGGGAAUCUCCUAGUUGCAAUACAUCUGCUUUUAAAAUUUUCUAUCUAAGAAAUGUGGGUGGCAGAAGAAUUCCAGUGUAACCCAAAAAUUACCAUAAAUAUGGUUAGCUCUUCUAGUGCUCUAUUACUAUGGAUGGCCACACAUGAUUCACUCUCAGAUAAUUAGAUAUACAUUUUUUUAACUGUAUAUGGACUGUAUUGUACAUGUACCUCAACUGAUCACAGCUUUUAACUAUUUUAAUCUGAAAGACAUAGUUGUUUCUACGGAAACAAUUCAAGCAUCUUAUGGGUGACCAGUUUUGCAGAUUGCUCCAAAAGCAAUCCAGGAAAGAACUUCAAUCUGUUAUUUCUCCUUUCAUCAGAUUUUGUUAAUGAGCUGGUGUGCUUGCCUGAUCAUCCAUUUUUGGGAACAACUCGAAUAUUUAAUUGUGGCGGUAAUGCCACAGUAAAAAAAAGUUGAAACUGCGUUUACUUAAUAAUAAUUAUUUGAUUUGUUUCCAGGCGUAUGCAAGUCACCUGAAGCAUUUUAUUGAACACAUGGGAAUAACAAUACUAAGGCACUUUAAGGUAACAUAUUUGGGACAAUCCUAUCCUCAAUUUCCUAACUUGCUUAUGUGUAUUUAAUAUAAAUGUAAUAUCUGAAGUAUGUCUAUAGUAAGAUAAGUAUUUGUCUAGAUAAUUAACGGGAGUUUGUUGCCGUUUUCAGGCAAAUUUCAGUGUGACAUUUGACAUUUGAAACAUGAGAGGCAAACGCACUAAAUAUAGCCGUUGGUACUAACUUAAUUUGGUAUUAGUGACUAAGUUAGUGGAUACAAACUACGUCUGAAACUGCUCUUGGCACGUGGUGAAAAAUGUGUCUCUAUGUACGUCCGCACGUUAGUCUAUCUGUCUUUUCUAUCUGUCUAUCUACCGCUGAUUAAGUCUCAAUACAUGAAGUUCCAGUACGACAGUUUACAGUCACCCAUUUAUUCAGUUGAUCUCAGUUUUGUUGACUCUUUCUACGCUGAGUUGAGUCACCUUGUUCGCUACAUAACAUGACUUGGCAAUAUUCAAAAGAGGUGAUUUAAAUUUUUUUCAGCGGCUUUUAAAAGUUAUAGUCUCAUAUUUGGAAGUUAGUGAUUAUCCAGAGGAAGAGACACGGUUGGCUGUUUUGGAUGCAUUGAAAGUCGCAAUGUUACAAGCCUGGCCCAGGUGAGAGAAGGUGCCUGCUCCUGAUUCCACUACUACAUGUGCCAGGGCGGAGAUAUUCGAGUCACAAUUGGCUCCACUCACUUUGUAACAUCAUGAACUUUCUGUAUUCAUGAAACUCAAUGUACGACCAGCGUUAAUAGGUUUUUGAAUCAAUCGGCACAGGGGUUUGUCAGAAAACUAUCAUCUCCAAGGAAGUUAAUUUUUGUGUUCAACGCUCCGCGAUGCAAACACUUAGUAUCGCGGGCGUUUGUAGAUGUUUUGCUUAGGGUCACUGGUCAUGCGUAGUAUGCUCUUUCUUACUCCUUUUCAUGCUUCCUAUAUUUUUAGGAUUCCUAAUCACAGUUCUACAAUCCUGAAGAGUCUUUUGAAGCUGUUGGUUGAUGCAACUGACUCUUCUGCUUACAUAGCAGUUCAGGGUAACCGUUUGUUUUCUUGAUAGAUUUUGUCAAUACUUAACCUUUAAGUAAGAAUGGGUGUCAAAAAAAAUACAUGGAGACACGUUUGUUUCUUUAAGCGCUUCCCUUUUCGUAGGAAGGAACACAACCAGAGGUUUCAGCAGGAAUGGAGUAAUUUACUUGUAUGGUUGGGAAGAGAGUUGUUCAGAUCUUGUGGAACCUUCUCAACUACGUGGGUUUUUUUUUUCGAAUAAAGCGUAAUAUUUGCGUUUAAUAUCUUUUAUUUCAGCUUUUGAGCUGCUGAACCAGAAAACAGCUGAGUGCUUGGUGGUACUUUUGAGGUGUUGUGGAAAACAGGUCGAGGUAUGUCUGUGUGAACAAAAAGCUGUUCGAGAUUAUUCACAUAUUAAGAUUUGUUCCUGUCGACAUCGUUACUUAAUAAUUAUUUGUUGUGUCUUCAUACCAAAGUGAGAGCAGGAUGGUUGAUUUUCUUUAGGACCAAUUGAAAGAGCUGCAGGGCGUGGGACACAAAGAAGUUGAAGAAUGUGUGGAGAAAGUCCUCGAAGAAACCGGAUGUGCAACAAACGCGUCAUUACAAUCAGCUCAUCAGAUGUACGAUGUCACGUGACAACAAUUUGUAUGAGGAACAUCAGAGGAGAUAUAAGGAUACCGCAAGCAUAAUGCUUUUUUGCCCCGGGUGAUGAGCUGUCGUGCAUCCAAUAUCGAACGUCAAAACACAAAACUGUGCCGUUGGUUCUUUGUCAGAUAUGUAAAGAACUAUUUACGACCUCUCCGGUUUGUAGAAAGAGCAUCGUUUGAGAAUAAGACAAUUUGUCUAUGGGAAUCGUUUACUAGACGGUGAACCUUGAAGGAUAACAAAUUACUUGAUGUAAGAUUUUGUUCAGCAAGGAGUCAGCUGUUGUGACUAACACAGACGAAACACAUCAAUCAUAUUCACGUCUGAAAUGUCAUCGAAUUGUUCAGUCAAUAUUAGUUUAAUGAAAAGCAAGGUGUCUGUAGAUAUUGUAGAUAACAAAGGUAUUAAUCACCGACCCACAGAAACUUAUUACAUGUAUUACCGAUGAAAAUAUUUCCAAACACUGGCUUGAAAUCACUUUUGGGAUAUUUCAACCUUGCCAUACCUUGUGACAAGAUGGACUUGUUUGUGUGUCGACGCAAAACUGUCAUGUAAAGGAAAGGGGAACGUUUGAUCCAAGUUUAUGUAGCAGUUCAGCUUUUCAGGUUUGUAUGCACGUGCUCACAAACUGUUUCCUUUUUUUAGAAAUGUCAAAUUUGCGGUGAAGUAACGCUCUGAAUAUCUUACAGUGAAUAUCAUACAGUGAAUAUCUUACAGUGAAUAUCUUACAGUGAAUAUCUUACAGUGAAUAUCUUACAGUGAAUAUCUUACAGUGAAUAUCUUACAGUGAAUAUCUUACAGUGAAUAUCUUACAGUACUACAGUAGAAGUGGCACCGAGUCAAAAACUUACUGAAAUGUAAGGGACGUCCAAAUCUUUAGGCGCUCUGAGAUAAACAUCUCUCCUUAUGAACGGGAAAAGAAAUAAUUGCAGUGCCCUAUCGAAAAUUCUCAUGAGACUACCGUAAAAGCCCGUAAGAUAAUAAUAUCACUGAAUGAAAAAAAAGUGGAGUGUUUCGUCACAAUGCAAACCAAAUGUGAUCACCUCAUAAAUAUUUUGAUAUUAGAGUUUAAGUACGC